GAAAGGUAGUAGCAAUCGCUGAUCAACAAGCAAGUGAAAAGGAAAUGCGAUAGAUUAGACGGACACGUCCUUCCUGUUCCUCUCCUCUGCCGCUCCUCCCACCAAUCACACAGAGUCACAGAGAUCUGUCUGAUUGCUCCUGUUCUUUAUCUUCUUCUUUCUUCCCAUCUAGUACUGUAUCUUUCUAGUCCACCGGGCAAAGCGAAUCCACUCCUUUUUCUUGUCCAUUCUCUUGCUGGCAUGAACUAUCUUUUGCAACAAUUAAGCGACCGCGUUGGGCUGUUUGGCUCGCUUGGAAGCUUGGGUGCGAGUUCUUGGAAGCUCUGACGGUGGUUCUGGUUUUAGGUACCCAUUUGUUCAGGAGCUUCUUGCUCGGAACGUGCAAGGGGGUGAGAACCGGUAAGGAUUUGUGGAAAGAAGUGGGGUUUUCUUGGUGGCGCUGCGCCCCAUGGCGUCGAGGGACUUCUUGCGCGUCUUCGGGGGCGGCGAGAAAGCACAGCCUGAGGGAGUAGGGAGCGCUGCGGAAGGCGAGUCGGACGAGAUAGAGCUAGGUUUGGGGCUGUGCCUUGGCAGCCGGUUUGGCACGGAUCGCUCCCCGGAUGCCAAGCGCCCGCGGCUUUUACGCUCGACGUCCAUCGCGUCCACCUGCUCGGUGUCCGCCGGCGACGGCGACGGCGACCCCUCCCCUGCGUCGCCGUUGCAGCUGCUGCGCACGAGCUCGCUGCCCAUGGACACCGAGGAGGAGCGGUGGCGCCGGCGGGAGAUGCAGAGCCGCCGGCGCCUUGAAGCCCGGCGGAAGAUGCUCGGGCGGAGGAGCUCAAUGGGCUCGUCGUCGGGGCCGUGCAAGCCCGACAAGGAGGACGGCGACGACGUCGUUAACGGGCUCCAGUUGAAGAGGUCAACCGGAUCGCAAGGGAGCAGCAGCUCUGCAAACCCGCAGGAGCAAGGUGCCCAGUUCACAGACGCUAGGAGUUCAACCUCUGAGUAUACCGAUCAAAACAAUGUACUUCCUCUUUCUGUGACAAGAGCAGCCGAGAGGGCAGGGGCAGAGCAGCAGCCUCCGUUGAGGACGCUUGGGUCCUUGACAAUGAGGACGAACAGCAGCAGCGACAUGAGGAAGAGCAUGAUGGAGGACAUGCCAAUGGUCUCUUCCAAGGUGGAAGGGCCCGACGGGAAGAAGAUUGACGGCUUCCUCUACAGGUACAGGAAAGGCGGCGAGGGCGUCAGGAUAGUCUGCGUCUGCCAUGGUAACUUCCUGACCCCUGCGGAGUUUGUGAAACACGCUGGUGGGGGUGACGUCUCUAAUCCGCUUCGGCAUAUUGUUGUUAACCCCUCGCCGUCGGCAUUCAUGUAAGCUCCCCAAAACUGUACCUAGAGAAAAAAUGUGUUUUUUCUUAAUCUUGUUGUAACAUUAUUAUUACAGGUCUUUGUGCUGUAACUUCUUGAUAUAUGACCCUGUUUUGGUGUACGGUAUACCCGUGAGUGCGAUACGGGUCUGAUUUUAUUACUGCAGAUUUGGAAGAACAGGAACUAAACGACAGUAUCAGCUGCGUGUGCUUCACUGUUAGUUUUACCUGAAACGUCCAUAGGCAAACUUCAGUUCA